AUGCGAUAUAUUUUUUUGCCCGUUGUGAUUUUAUGUGCAAAAGGGCUUUUAAGAAAUAAAGCAUGCUUUCGUUUUCCUUGCUUUAGAUGUUUCUCACACGUGUUUCAUACUCCCUAUUUGUACUUCUUUCUCCCUUAUUUACCACGUGCAGAAUCCUCAAUUUCUGUGAAUUCUCUCCACCUAGGAAAAAAUAGACAAGAUGAUGCACUGCAUGAUGAUACACUUGUCCACGAGAUAAGUGAAACCAAUUUGAAUAGCUAUACGAAUGAUAAAAAUAAGAGACAUCUAAAGAAUUAUAGAAACGAAGAAGAGCUCUCUGAAUCAAAAUUGGAAUCAAAUUUAAGUUUCCUUCAGGAGUGCACAAUUAAUAGUUGCUUGAGUCUUGACAAGGAUGAGAUGGGUUCUGGACAAAUAGAUGAAUCAAAAGAUGAGUCGUCUCUCCAAGCCGAGGAGGGGAUAACAGAUGGGGCUAACGGAAAGACAAAGGUAGAUGCGAAGGGAGAGGCAAAAAUGGAUUCAAAAGUGGACGAAAAAAAGGGUACCCAAGAGGGACAAGAGAAGCUUCAAAAAACGAAUCAACAGAAGGAAAAGGUGGAAAAGGAGGAAAAGGAGGAAAAGAAGGAAAAGAAGGAAAAGAAGGAAAAAAUGGAUGGAAAAAUAGAAAAAAACUCUAGAGAACAAGGUGCGGAGCAAGACAAAGACAUGAAUUGCACCAACGAAGGAAAUACAGAAAUGCAGAACAUGAAAAGUGUCACCUAUGACGCCAAGGAAGAAGAAAGAAAAAUGAACGAUAAAAAGGAUUCCAAAACUGUAGAGAAAAAAAAUACAUCUGUUGAAAUAGAAUCAGGGGUUCAAGAUGAUAGAAAAGAAGAAAUGAUGGAUGAAAUGGACGAUAUGAAGGAAAUAGACGAAGAGGGAGAGGAAGGCGAAGAAAUGGACGAAGAGAAAGAAGAAGAUAUGGACCUAGAAAAAGACAAAGAGAAAGAAGAAGAUGGGGACUUAGAAAAAGACAAAGAGAAAGAAGAAGAUGGGGACUUAGAAAAAGACAAAGAGAAAGAAGAAGAUGUGGACUUCGAAAAAGACGAAAAAAUGGACUUAGAAAAAGGCGAAGAUAUGGACAUAGAAAAAGGCGGAAAAAAGGAGGAACUCAAAGCUAGAGGUGAAAAAAAGGGAGAAGAGAAAAAAAAGGAUUCACAAAGCGCCUCGAAUAAAUAUGGGGAAGAAAUGAAAGAAAGUUUGAAAGUUGAUGGAAAUUUGGACCGAGAGAAAACCAAAACGGGCUUACAAAAUGUUAGUAAUACGAAUGGGGUCGAUAUGAAUGCACAUUUGAAACAGGAUAAAAAUGCCAUGAGUGAAAAAAAAGAAACAUCGAGAAAAAUCGAAAUGCAGCAUGGAAAUGACGUGGGAGAGCAACGAAAUUACGUGAAAAAGACAACAGAAAAAAAAAAUGAAGAUAUUGGAAGAGGCAACAAUGUGGAGAAAAAGAGUAAGCCUGAAGAAGAGUUGAGAGCUCAGGAAAAGAUCGACAAGAAUAAAACAAAAAAAGUUGAUGCGGAUGUUGAAGAACAGGGUGUUGAUGUUGGUGCUGUUGAGGGGGAUGAUUCUGAUCGUGACGAUUUUGAGCGUGAGGAUUCUGACCAUGAGGAUUCUGACAAUGAAGAUUUUGACCGUGAAAAUUCUGACAAUGACGAUUUAGACCGUGAAAAUUCUGACGAUGACAAUUCUGAUCAUGACAAUUCUGACGAGGACAAUGUUGAGCUUGAUGCUGCAGACGAAUUAGGCAGGGGGAGAUAUCAAGAGAAGAAGGAAGAGAAAAAUCAAAAGGGUCAGAUGGAAAAAGGAAGAGGUGAAAAUAAAAAUAAAAUGAAUCCUCCAAUCAGUGUAAGUGUAGAAGAGAAACUCUAUAAAGGAGAAGGGACCCAAAGCAAAGCGACAAUUAACGCAUCUGCACAUGUUUCUGGAGCUUAUCAAAACACUAUGAAGGACGAAGCAAAAGAACAUAAAGAAUCGAAUCGAAUUGAAAAAAACACACCCCAUAAGGAAACACUACUUGGAAAGAAAAGUGAAUUCGAGGAGAAAGCGACAAAUCCAUCUGUUUCUCAGAAAGAAGAGGGCCAAGUGAAGGGCGAAAACCAGAGAAAAGGAAACGAAAAGAAAUACGAAAACAAAUACGAAAACAAAUACGAAUCUAACAUGUUUACGCUGGACAAAAAAAUGCACAGAAAUUUGUCAAACAUUGACGAACUUUUCCAUGGACUCAAGGAUAAGUUGAAUCGUCACAAGGAGUUGAAAAAUCGAGAACUGAAACUUAAGUUUGAGACCAUGGGAAGAAUAAAAGAGUAUAAAAUGUACACUAAUCUGAUUCAAAAAUCAGUGGAAAUAUUGACCAUUAGGCUGAUGAAGAUUAAUGAAGAUUUGAAAAAGUUAAAGUAUUCAUCGGAUAUAGCUCUGCAAAAAUACAUAAACGAGAAUGAUCACGCGUUGGUGAAUUUCUCUAAAUUGGAAAAAUAUGACAAUAAGGGUCAAGGAAAAGUGGCGCAUGGAAUUAGACCUAGAGGAAGUGAUAAAAAGGGAGAGUUGUUUUGCCCAUUAGACUGUGUCAGGGAGGAUUGCCACAACAAACCUAACUACCCAACCCAGUGUUAUAAAUUAGAACAAAGGGGAAAUGAAAUCCAUAAAAUAUGCGAGUCAUUUGUGGAUAUACACAGCGGCAUAUGUCCAAAUAACUAUCAUCACUGUGCCAUUGCUGAACCUGAGAGAAACAAAAAAUAUUCCAUUUUUGCAUGGGGAGAAGGAUAUGGACAAACGCCUCAAUUCAUCACAAUAAGAGGAUAUAAUUUAAGCGAAUGCUUACAGCUACUUGUAGUGAAUAAGGGAUCCACAUGCUCUCCAAGUAGUAUCGAAAAAAAUAUACUAGAAUCCAGAGAUAUACUCCUGGAACCUAUUCUCACUAAGGUGUUACAGAAUGAAAUCCUUCUGGAAAAUAUUAAGAUAAGUAAACCGGGUGAAUAUAACAUUUGUCUCGUACAGUUUUAUCAACAUCCCCAGAGGGAUAAUUUAAUAACUGAUAACACUUCUAGUAGGAGUAGCAAAAUGAGUAAAACCACCAUGAAAGGUCGAAAUAGUGACAUAUCAAUUUUAGGCAUCGACACGAUAGGGCCCUUGUAUGUGUUACCCCUUCCCUCUAAGAGGUAG